UUAAAGCUGGCGCGCGCACAGCGAGUGAGUGAGUGAGUGAGUUAGUGAGAGAGUGCGCCUCGGACGCGCGUCCACAAGCCGCGAGCGAGCAUGCGAGCAGGACGCGUUUUGUUUCUUUUCCCGUCCAAACACGUCCAAGUUGAUAAAAAGAGGGGAUUGUUAUUAUUAUUUUUUAUAAUAAUAAUUAUUAUCAUUAUUAUCGGUUCGGGUCUGGACGGAUGUGUUGCGCACGUGCAGAGAGGAGAAACCACUCCGCCGAGCAUCUUUUCUUCUUCUCCUCCUCCUCCUGACUCUUUCCUUUGGAAGGACGCCAGCCCCGCCGAUCCUUGCAAGUUGGCUCCAAUAAUUUGUGACAUUGUCCGUCAGACAUCAGUAAAUCGAUUCUUUAAAAAAAAAAAUUGGAACGAUCCCUUCCAUCCCUCCUCCUCCUCCUCCUCCUCCUUUUCUUCUUCAUCUCCUCUUCCACUCACCACCUUCUUAUAAAUAUGCGACCCGGCGUGCUCGGCUCGCCCCGGUCCGUCCUCGGCAUGCAGCAGGAUACGGUUCUUGCUGAUUUUUGAUGGUCUUCCUUUUCCUGUCCAUGCAAGACCCGGAGCGGAAACAUGUCGGUCCACUUCUCUGAGAGGACCCCGGCUGUCAGAGAUGGCAUUCUGGUCCGGCACUUUCACCUCUAAAGUGCCCAGGAAAAUCUUGUUCAUGUUCACCCUGUCCCUGUCGGUCACCUACUUGUUCUACAGCUUGAUGAGCUGCUACAACUCGCUCCAGUUCCCGCUGCAGGACAACUUUGCCUACCAGGCUCGGCUGGCCACCGAGGAGACCACUUUGGUGAGGGACCAACUUUACUCCGCCUCGCCGGAGGCCGGGUUCGCCCGCGGGAGCACGGUGGUCUCCGUCGUGCGCCAGGAUGAGGUUCCGGUGGAGGACGAGGAGGAGGAGGAGGACCGUCGAGCCCGGCCGCCGUCCGCCACCGAGCCCGCGCGGCGGAGGGCGGUCGGCGCCACGGAGGGCGACCUGCGGGUGAACUGCACCUCGGAUUACGGCGAGAAGAAGCUCCCGCAAGCCAUCAUCAUCGGGGUGAAGAAAGGCGGCACCCGGGCGCUGCUGGAGGCUCUCAGGGUGCACCCGGAUGUCAGGGCCGUGGGGAACGAGCCGCACUUCUUCGACAGGAACUACGAGAAGGGUCUGGACUGGUACAGGUGA